UUGAAAAAUAGAAAUAUAAAAAAAUAAAAUAAAAAAGACGCGUGAAAAGCAGCUGAUUCUUCUUCUACUUCUUCUUUGAUAAUCGAAAACUGUUGCUUAAACUGAGAAAACGUCAAGUCUGAAAUCUCAACUGUGGAAGAAUUGAAGCCCAAUGCUUUUGUUCUAUUCCACGAUCAUCGGUUGGAUUUUCGUGUUUUGUGUCAUCCACUAAAGUCUCGGUGAUAUCUGAUUGCCAUUGGUUCUGCUGUUUUACAACUCUCUGGUAUUUAAUUCCCAUCCUAAACAAGAACACAUUGAUUACUAUGCUCUAGUCACAUUUCGUUUUUCGAUCACGAAACAUUGUAAAACUGAUAUGGGGUCGACUGGUGAUGAUGCGGAUACCGGUGGAGGUGAGAAAUCUACCGAUGGUAAUGUUAGCCACAUCCCUCUCAACGUUUCGACAUCUCAUAAAGGUCUGAUAAGCGACGAAAAAUCACAAAACGGACACAAAUACGGCUUCUCCACCAUUUCCAAGAAGUUAGGGUUUUCUAGAUUUAGUACACUGUCAUCACCGUCGGCGAGUUUUUAUCGACUUGCCGAGGUGAGGAACGAAGUUUCACGCACCGUACCUUCUUCCAGCAGUCUCCAUCUCCGCGAGCGUUUCCACAGAAUCUUCUCCAAGAAAAUCGAUUUCAAUUCUCUUUGGGGAAUCAGCAAAGAAUGGAUAAGGGAUCCCAUGAAUUUGGCUCUCUUUAUCUGGAUCGUGUGCGUAGCAGUUUCGGGUGCGAUUCUCUUCAUGGUCAUGACCGGAAUGUUGAACCAUUCUCUCCCGAAAAAGUCCCAGAGAGACACUUGGUUCGAAGUCAAUAACCAGAUACUCAACGCUCUAUUCACCCUCAUGUGUUUAUACCAACACCCGAAAAGGAUAUACCACCUCGCCCUGCUCAUAAGAUGGAGGUCCGAAGAUGUUACGAAGCUCCGGAACUUUUACUGCAAAAACGGAACCUUCAAACCCAACGAGUGGGCCCACAUGAUGGUGGUCCUGGUUCUUCUAAACCUCAACUGUUUCGCCCAAUACGCGUUAUGUGGUCUCAACUUAGGAUUGAAGAGGUCAGAAAGACCCCCUAUAGGUGUCGGAAUAUGUAUAUCUGUUGCAAUCGGCGCCCCUGCAUUUGCUGGAGUUUACUCCAUGCUCAGCCCUCUUGGAAAAGAUUACGACACUGAAACAGACGAAGAAUCUCAAAUUCGAAUCACGACCGAAGAUAGUAGCAGACCGAGUGAAUCGAGGAGAAGAUCUCUUGAAAAGAAAUUUUCGUUUGCAUCGAGAGAUGAAGAAAGAAAUGUAGUGGCAAGACCGCAGUGGAGUGGAGGCGUUCUUGAUUUUUGGGAGGAUAUUUCAUUAGCUUACCUCUCGUUAUUCUGCAGCUUCUGUGUUUUCGGGUGGAAUAUGGAGAGGCUUGGGCUUGGAAAUAUGUACGUACACAUCGCCACUUUUCUUCUCUUUUGCAUGGCCCCGUUUUGGAUCUUCAAUCUGGCAGCUGUGAAUAUUGACAACGAGACUGUCAGGGUGGCGUUGGGCCUCACCGGAAUAUUCCUCUGCGUUUUUGGGUUGCUCUACGGUGGGUUUUGGAGGAUUCAGAUGAGGAAGAAGUUUCAUUUGCCGCCGGAUAAAUCUUGCUGCGGUAAGCCAGCUGUCACCGAUUUUGCACUUUGGCUUUUCUGUUGUUGGUGUACUCUAGCUCAGGAAGUGAGGACUGGGAAUUCGUACGAUAUUGUGGAAGAUAAAUUUUACCGGAAAAAAGACGAAAAUUUUCCGAUUUUGCCACUGCCUCGUGAAGAAGGGGAGUUUCAGGUGAGGUCUAGUACGAGUUCUCCGUAUGGGAACAGCCCUUCUCCACCAUAUUUCACGAGUCCUAGCCAGUUUCCAAGGGAAUACAACAGUCCAAAAACGAGGCUUUCUUUGAUUGAAGAAGAAUCUCGUACACACAGCAAAGACGAAACGAUGACGCCACCUGUUUCUUCAGUAAUACGGAGAGAAGAAAUAUAGCACCGCAACGUUUUUUAAGUACCAAAUCUGCCUCACAUCAAGGGUAGCUGUCUGUAUUUACAACUGUUGUAUGUAUGUAUUCAUACGAACACCCAAUAUUCUCGAUUUUGUUGUCCUCAUUCUGAAAUUUCCUGUGUAUAUCUGUUUUGGUUUGCUAUCGUGUUAGAUUCGUCAGAAAUUUAAACUAUAAUCAGUUCUCGUGUUUAGUAUCUGAUGCCUUAACUCUUUCAGAUGAUUAAUAUAACCUUCAUCGGAAUGUAGAAUCUUGUUUUUCAUUGUGUUUAUACUUUAUGCCAAUUAAGCAAUAAAUCAUUCCGGUUUCGAGUUCUCAGGUGUUCCAAGAUAAAGGCACAUUCCGGUGAACAAGGAAAGAACGAGGUUUCGAGGAUUCAAUCCAAUUCCCACCGGAGCAAAUCAAGCCUCGUGAUUGUGUGCGUUAACGACCAAAUGAACAGGUAAGUGCUUCAUACUACGACGACUAGAAGAAACAGUUUUUUUCAAGAAUUGAGAAUCUUUCAUAGCACACAAAGCAUAUUCUUUCACUUUCAUCAUCACUAGGAGACACACACUCCAUUUAAUUAUGGUUUAGCAUGACGAAGAAUUUGCUUAAAACAUUAUCGUUAAUAUUCGACGCUGUUUCUUGCUAGUUAAGACAAUGAAGUUAGUUAGUUAUAGACCA